AUGUUUACUAAGCUACCUCUCCCUCGCCUUUUCCGAGUACUUCGAGGUUCUUUCAAACAACAAGUGCGAGGGCUAGGCUUGUUGGAGUAUCAUUCACAUAAACUACUAAAAGAUUUUCAUAUCCCAGUGCCGAAUGGUAUCACAAUCAGGAGUCCGCAGGAAGCCAAGGAGGCUGUUUCGACUAUAAAUGCACCAUCGGUAAUCAAGGCUCAGAUCCUCGCUGGAGGACGUGGAAAAGGACAAUAUAGCAGCGAUGGUAAAGGUGGAGUCCGGAUUGUUAAAUCCCCCGGCGAUGCGUUCGAAAGCGCUUCCAACAUGCUUGGUUAUCACCUCAAAACAAAACAAACACCGCCUGAUGGGCUUUUGGUGGAAAAGUUAUAUAUAUACAAAGCAGUCGAUAUCGCUCAUGAAUUUUACGUUGCUAUCACCUUUGAUCGCGAUCGUAAUAUGCCUGUUCUGCUGAUAUCGGACGCUGGCGGCGUCAAUAUCGAGUCCAACCCAGAUAAACUGGAACGUUUCUGGUUCCAUCUAGACGCUGGAAUCACAAAUGAAAUCACAGCUUACAUCCAGGCACAAUUUGGCUUUUCUGACUCGGAGAUCAAGGCCAUAUCACAUAUCCUCAACCAAAUGGUCAAAUUGUUCCAUGAAAAAGAUGCCACUUUGCUCGAGCUCAACCCACUUGUGCGAACAGCGAGAGGCGACUUUAUGUGCCUUGAUGCCAAAUUUGAUUUUGAUAACUCGGCACGAUUCAGGCAGACGGAGAUAUUUAGUCUCGAGGAGCAGUCAUCGGAGGAGAAGGAUGAGUAUGAAGCUUCUAAAUUGGGUCUUUCGUAUGUUCGUCUUGAUGGUAAUAUUGGAAAUAUCGUUAAUGGAGCUGGGCUGGCAAUGGCGACGAAUGAUCUGGUUUCUUUAUUUGGAGGAAAGUGUGCUAACUUCCUGGAUGUUGGUGGUGGAGCAACGAAAGAAACCUUGUCCAAAGCAUUCGAUAUCCUGGACAAAGACUCGCGCAUUAAGGGCAUUCUGGUCAAUAUCUAUGGUGGCAUUGUGCGCUGUGAUAUGAUUGCCGAGUCUAUUGUCGCCGCUGCUUCCAAGAAGCAAGGCUUCAGAGUUCCGGUUAUUGUUAGGUUACAGGGUACGAAUUGCAAUAAAGGUCUCGAGCUAAUCAAACAGUCAAAUUUGGAGAACUUGAUCGUGGAGGCAGAUUUUGAUGCAGCGGCACAGAGAAUCGUGAAUUUAACGAGUUGA